UGUUGCUGUCACACCUGCUUCCUGAGUCCUGAUCCUAGUGGAGAUGGCGGCGGCGGCCAGGCUCGGGCAGCGUCGGGCAGCGGUGCUCGCCUUCGGACCGGGGCCGCUGCGGGCCGGCGUGUGGGGCCAGCUGCUCCCCUGGGCGGCCGGGCCGCGGCGACACGCGGCGCAUUUCACGUUCCAGCCUGACGCGGAGCCCAGCGCGCACGGGCAAACUCAGAAAAUGAAUCUUUUCCAGUCUAUAACAAGUGCCUUGGAUAAUACCUUGUCCAGAGAUCCAACUGCAGUAAUAUUUGGUGAAGAUGUAGCCUUUGGUGGAGUCUUCAGGUGCACUGUUGGCUUGCGAGACAAGUAUGGUAAAGACAGAGUUUUCAAUACCCCUUUGUGUGAGCAAGGAAUUGUUGGAUUCGGUAUUGGAGUUGCAGUUGCUGGAGCUACAGCCAUUGCAGAAAUUCAAUUUGCAGACUACAUUUUUCCAGCAUUUGAUCAGAUUGUUAAUGAAGCGGCAAAAUAUCGGUAUCGCUCUGGAGAUCUUUUUAAUUGUGGAAGUCUCACGAUAAGAGCACCAUGGGGUUGCGUAGGUCAUGGUGCGCUAUAUCAUUCUCAAAGUCCAGAAGCUUUUUUUGCUCAUUGUCCAGGAAUAAAGGUUGUUAUUCCAAGAAGUCCUCUUCAGGCCAAAGGACUAUUACUAUCGUGCAUAGAAGAUAAAAACCCCUGCAUAUUCUUUGAACCUAAAAUACUUUACAGAGCAGCAGUGGAACAAGUUCCUGUGGAGCCAUACUACAUUCCAUUGUCUCAAGCUGAGAUACUGCAGGAGGGAAGUGAUGUUACACUGGUUGCCUGGGGGACUCAGGUGCAUGUUAUCCGAGAGGUGGCAACCAUGGCUCAGGAAAAGCUAGGUGUGUCCUGUGAAGUAAUUGAUCUGAAGACCAUUUUACCUUGGGAUACAGAGGCUGUUUGCAAGUCAGUGGUGAAGACUGGGCGACUGCUGAUCAGCCAUGAGGCCCCUCUGACAGGAGGCUUUGCAUCGGAGAUUAGCUCCACUGUUCAGGAAGAGUGCUUCUUGAAUCUAGAGGCUCCUAUUUCAAGAGUAUGUGGCUACGACACUCCUUUCCCUCAUAUCUUUGAACCUUUCUACAUCCCAGACAAAUGGAAAUGCUAUGAUGCCCUUCGAAAAAUGAUUAAUUAUUGAUAAAAUUAUUGAUGAAGUCUACAACCGUUCUGACCAGAAGAUGGGAGGAAGAACAAGAAUAUACAGAAGCCUUCUUUAGAACUCUUGGCAUUUAUUCAGAUGUGUGUUUUCUGGAAGUCCUAUAGCAGAUUAUCUUCUCUGAAGUAAAUCCAUUCUGAAUGUCAUCUUGGCUAAUCUUCAAAAGCUCAAAUUUUCCCCUAAUUAUGAAAUCAAUGAUGGACAGGUGAUUGCUGUAAUAAAUAGUUUCAGAUGUAUUAAAGAAAUAAAUUCCAGAUGUAGUAUGAACUUUAUUCACUUUGCAAUGCUUCACUAGGAUACAUCUUUAAAUGACUUCACUGUGUAAAUAUUAUGUGGGAUUUUAUUCAAUAAAACAUAUUGUACUCAUGUGGUCUCUCUUUGCUUUUUCUGUUUUGGGAAAAGUCCAAAGAGAUCCUUAUUUGGUAACUAUACAUUUUAAACAAAAAUAAUGUUGAAGCAGAAAAACUGAUCUGUGUGUCAAAAUGGACAGUGGUUGCAUAGUUUCUGACAUUGGGGCCAGAUGGUGAGGGCAGGACUUGGGAAACGUGGGAUCAAUUCCCUCCUCUCCCACAGACUUCCUGUGUGACCUUGGGUUCUCUGUGCCUCAGUUCCCUAUCUGUAAAAAUUGUGAUAAUAGCACUUCCCUACUUCAUAGGGAUGUUGAGGAUAAAUUCAUUAAAGAGGGUGAUGCAUUUUGAGAUCUAUUGAUGAAAAGUGCUGUAUAAGAACUUGGUUAUUUUAUUAUAUAACCACUGUCAUUAAUUGUCAUUUUUCAUCACUAUAAUGGUCUCCAAUAAGAAGAUCCUAAAGUACUGAUUCCUCUCCUCUCUCUUCCAAAUUAAUUAAAAAUGUGCAGUGGGAGAGGAGCUACUGAUACUGUCCUGUAUGGUUGUAUAGCUGAUGGGCUCCAUUGCUAAAUCUCUCUUAGUGUCCUUAUGUUUCAAUUAUUUUCACCUCUAGCUGUAGGAUAUAUUCUGAUGGUGAAUAAACAAUGUUAAGUCAUCAAAAGAAUGGCAAUCAUCAGGUCUCUUCCAAACUGAAAUGAGUGGUGGGAGAAGAAGCUGUGCAGGGAAGUAAAUAGACCUACAGUAUUACAGAAAGGAUUUUACAAUAUAAUCUAUCAAUGUUCACCUUCCCUGUUGUGGAAUGUCUCCAGAAUCAGACCUCGCUACAUAACCUGAAGGGCACUGACCAUCUCUAAGAACAAAAAGAAUUUAGACCCUCUAGAUGUCUUGAGAGGUUUUGCAAUAUUCAGAUUUACUCAGUUUUUUGGUGGUCAUGCCUUUCAUAUCCUCAUCAAGGUGGGGGGAGGGCUUAGACAAGCUGAGGCAAGCAUGGGGAUCCAUUGUCAUUAGGAUUCUCUCAGUGGAUGGCUGUGUAAGGGGUUGCAGAGCCUAUUACAGCAUCAUGGCUUCGAACCAGAAUGGAUACCCCUGCAUAACCUUUGUUCAUCUGCCCACCACCUGCCUUAAGUGUCACAUAAGUAGUUCAUAGGCCUUGUUUUGGUCCUCUGUGUAGGGGGUGAAUUUCAUUGAGUCCUCAUGCUAAAAAUCUGAGAUUUUUUUUAAUUGAUGCAAAUGUCCAGUUAAUUGAAAGCAGCAAAGAGUUCUGUGACACCUUAUAGACUA